AAACAUCAUGCCACUGGUUGAAACUGCAUUUCAAGUUGUUGAUGCUUUUACUGACAAGGCAUUUGCUGGGAAUCCAGCAGCAGUUAUGAUUCUUGAAAAGUUUCCUGCAGAUGAUAUUCUUUUCAAGAUUUCCAGAGAAUUUAAUCUGUCAGAAACUGCAUUCAUUGUACCCAAAUAUGAGGGAAGCACUCACGAGUUUCAUCUGCGCUGGUUUACACCUACUGCAGAGGUUCCUUUGUGUGGACAUGCAACAUUGGCUUCAUCCCAUGUACUGUUUACUCAAAUGACUGAAAAACAGCGACAAUCUGGUCCACUACGCUUCCAUACUCUUUCAGGAGAGUUGUCGGUUGAAUUCAAGACGGCUGCUCCCGAGAAACUAUCAACACGAAAUGAGAUGUCGUUGCCCGAGCUGGUCAUGACUCCAGAUUUGAGCAUUGAUCGUAAUGUUCUAUGCGAUGCAUUUGGCAUUACUGAAAAUCAAAUUCUGUUUGUGGGAAGCUGCCAUUGGGGUGUAUUGGUAGAGAUUGAUGCAUCUACUACACCUCUUCAUGCAAUCAAACCUAAUUUUAAAGCAAUCGCUUCAGUGAAUGCUUCGGCUAUUUUACUGGCUACUCAAUGCGGUACUGAUCUUCAUGGAGAAUAUGACUUUAUUUCUCGAAUGUUUGCACCAAAUCUAGGUGUAAAUGAGGAUCCAGUAUGCGGUAGUGCACACUCUGUUCUUGCACAUUACUAUGCCAACAAGUUGAAGAAAUCAGAGUUCAAGGCAUUUCAAGCAAGUGCUCGUGGUGGUGAGAUUCAUGUUGUGUAUGACGCUGUAGCUGGUCGUGUUCGUAUUGCUGGAGAUGCAGUAACUGUCAGCAAGGGAGUUAUAUAUAUGUGAUUCUAUGAUAUGGAAAUAAACAGUCCAUUGUUUCCUGGUCAUCAUCCUAC